GCGGAACUUCUGCCCUGACGCGAGGUCGCCUUGCCCACAGUCGCUGGUUAACCAAUCGGAGCUUAUUUUAAAAAAAAGACUCUGCCGAGGAGAACGCUCAUUGGCUGGCGCUCCGACCGGGAGAGGGUGUCCGAAGCCGCCUUGCUGGGGACAUGCAGGGUGUCUUUCUGCGAAACAGGCAUCUUGUACCCCCAACCACAUGCCCCUUCCUGGGGUCCCGGGUUAACUACGAUUGAUCUCCACCCCCGGCUUCUGAUCCCCGAGUCCCGAUGAGCCCCGUGGAGGCCGCGGUCAAGCCGGGGCGCUUCUUCGGCGUCUACCUCCUCUACUGCUUGAACCCUCGGCAUCGGGGCCGCGUCUACGUGGGGUUUACUGUCAACCCUGCUCGUCGGGUCAGGCAGCACAAUGGGGGCCGCAAGAAGGGCGGAGCCUGGCGCACCAGCGGACGAGGGCCUUGGGAGAUGGUGCUCAUCGUGCAUGGCUUUCCGUCUGCGGUGGCAGCCCUCCGGUUUGAAUGGGCCUGGCAGCACCCGCACGCCUCGCGCCGCCUGGCACACGUGGGGCCGCGUCAGCGCAGCGAGGCCUCCUUCGCCUUCCACCUGCGCGUGCUGGCGCACAUGCUGCGCGCGCCGCCCUGGACGCGCCUCCCGCUCACGCUGCGCUGGCUGCGGGCAGACUUCCGCCAGGAGCUGUGCCCGCCGCCCCCACCACACAUGCCACUCUCUUUUGGGCCGCCGCCACCCCGGGCCUUGGCCCAGAGGCGCUGCGCAGGGACCCUUGCGGACACGGAGCCCUCGCCUGAAGCGCAGCAGGAAUCUGAGGUCUCCUGCGCCCUGUGCUUUCGGGUGCUGCAGGAUGCAGAGGGUCCCCUGUGCUGCCCGCACCCUGGCUGUGGCCUGAGGGCCCACGUGAUUUGCCUGGCGGAGGAAUUCUUGCGGGAAGAACCAGAACAGCUGGUACCACUAGAGGGCCAGUGCCCUAGCUGUCAGAGUUCACUGCUCUGGGGAGACUUGGUGUGGCUGUCCAGGACGGGCAUUGAGGAAGAUGAUGAUGACUCAGAUGCAGAAGAGGAACACUGGACCGACUUGCUGGAGACCUGAUCUACCACCCACCGCCUUUCCUCUCCCCCUUGCUUGGGCCACCCGCCAAGGUCUGGGUGGUUUUAAUUUUGAGUACAAUAAAACAUUUGAGUUAAGGGGACCCGCCCUGUGAUGGGGGGGGGAGGCAGACGGCACUGCUGUUACUGCCUGCUCUGAGCUUGGGGGCACUCAUGGAUGCACAAGCUCUUGACCUCCAGUAUCUCCCAUGUGGGUGGCAAGGCCUCGAGGACUCGGGCCAGCCUCUGCCGCCUUCCCAGGCGCACUGGCAGAGAGCUGGAGCAAAGUGGAGCAACCAGGACUUCAGUGCAGCUCCUGAGUAUGCUGGCACUGUAGGUGGCACUUUCCCUGGCAUGUCCCAACCUCAUGGCUCCUGGCUUUGGACUUUAACCUUGAACCCCUGAGAAGAAAAUGCCCCCUGCAGGAGGACCCACAGGAGCCAGGACGCUGGGCUCCAUCGGACUGCUACAUUCCUGUCCUCGGGUGACGUCAAGAGGAACUGCCUCAGAACAAAGACUUCCUCACCCCGCUGUCCAUCCCUGCCCACCCACAUCCCGGUGGACUCCCCUCCUGGCCAGAGCCAUAUGUCCCUGGGUUGCUGCAGUCUAAUCCCCUCAGUGUCUCAGACCUGGAGCCACCUGAAAGGCAAGUGGUUCUUUUUCUCAAGCCUUCCUGGCCAUGUGCCUGUCCCCUGUCCUUUGGACAGUGAUAGUAUUUUUUUUUUUUUUUGAGCUGUUAACUGGCAGCAGGGGUGGAGUGUGGGGCGGGGUAGGUCAGAGCAAUCAGAUUACAGUUCAAAAAAACCA